AUGAUGGACAAUUGCGUUGACGGUGGCACUGGCGGCGACGGCAGCUCACAUCUGCGGCGCUCUACUACGGCAGAGCCCCGCUACGGUGUUUGCCGUCGUGGUGACGGGGACGAUGACGACUACGACAAGGGCAGAUCAGUCAGUGUGCUUUCACGACUGUUGAUGACUCUCGGGGGUUUCUCAUGGAGCGCACCAACGCAGGAGGGAGGCGGCGGUCGUGCCCCCACCACCACUGCUGCUGCUACUACUCACCGCCGACGUCGCGGUAUGGUGACGGCGAGAACGCUUCUCAGUGACGGCGCUCGCAUUUGCUUUACUUUUCUCUUUUGCUGUUGCUGCUGCCCGUUUACGAAGAAGCUGCUCGGCGAGACUACGCGGCGCCGCAACAGCGUUAUUGUGGCCACCGAGAACACCGCUGAAAAUGCGAUGCUCGUCAUCCGCCGCACGUGGGAACGACAUCGCGGCCUUCUCGUUACCUUCGCUAGCGCAUAUGUUUUUCUCCUGUGGUGGGUUGGUUUACCGCUUGCCCAGACCGCCGUUGUGUCUCUGUUGGAGAGCGAAGAGUUGUUCAUCGCGCGGCUGCAGUAUGUCGGGCUGCCAGACGCGCUCCAUCCACCGACGCACCCAAUGGCGGUGCUGCUACAGCAACUAGCUGUGCCACCAGCAUUGAUGUCGCUGCGCCGGGUCUCAGUGCUGCCUCGCAACGGUGGCAGGGGCGGGGCUGCUGAAGCGAACCCUGAUGCGAGCGAGGGCAUGUCUAAGUCCGUGCGGCAGCAGCUCUUUGACCGCUACCGCACGCGCAGCGCCGCGUUAGCCAUGGAGGGGCUGCGCUUGUCAUACACGCAACGACAUCCGCGCCUCUUCUUUAUCCGUUCCUCUCGCACUCUGACGGCGUCGCAGGUGCCGUCGUGGACAUUGCAUGUGGUGGAGGAUGGCUGCGCCGAGUGCCUGCAGGGUCAAGGGUAUGCGGAGGCGGUGAAAGGGAUGGCCGUUGAACUCGACCAAACCUCACCACGCACCGCAGAAGACGAUAGUGUCUCGCGCGCGGCGCCGUCGCAGGUCCAGGGAGCGGUGUUUGCCACGUCGAACGCGCCACUGGGCCGCAUCGGGCCGAUGCUGCUGGCGAUGGCGAGCGUGACGGACGACGUGGAGGUGGCUGCGGAACUGCGCAAGUGGCGCUGGCUCGCGCCGGUGAGGGCUAGCGAGGUUCGCAAGGACUCGCCUCGUGCGCCACGUGGCUCAUUCAAGUGCGCGUCCUCUAAACCGUAUCUGGCGGUGCUCGGCAUCCCCUCCACCGAUCAACCAGCGCGCGUUGCGUUACGUGAGGCGCAGCGGCAGACUUGGUUCACGUACCAUGAGGUGGCACGCACCGAGACUGGUUUUGAGGGGGCGCUACUGCCGUUGUACAUCUUCGGGGCUGUAGAGUGGCCUGCUCCGACUCGGCAGCCUACGGGUGCGCCGGUGACGCCGAGCGCCCGCGACGACGGCGAAGGGACCGUCCGUGGAGGAGGCAAGGCCGCUGGAAAGCCUGCGCGCCUUGAUGCCGCUUAUGUGAGUAUCGACACCCAGCGCCUCAGUACCGACCCCUCACUACUCCUGCCGCGCAUCGACGAACUCACCGCCGCGGUGGAGCUUCGGACGGCAACACUCGCUGCAGCUGCCGGGGCUACCAUCGCCGCCGACCAAGACGCUCCGCUGCUGGAGAUGCCUACCGUCACGCAGCGAAGGCGUCGAAUGACACUGCGGCCUUCGUGGCGGAAUGAGCGCUCGACUGACUCGCCCUGCGACGCCAUCGUGGACCAAACCGUGAGGAUGACGGCAGCGUCGGCGACUCCGCCAUCGGUGCCGCUUCUGCAGGUGGCGCAGCACCUUUCCUUGCCUGUUGCGCCCCUUGUCGCAGCCCCCGCGCGCUUUGUCUGCUACGCAUCGUCGGCCCUCUGGCAGGAGGCGCUGGAGCGUCGGGAUAGCCUCUGGAUCGACAUGCUGACGGACCGGCGUCCUGCCACCGGCAAGACCGUCGGCGGGGAGGGCAAGUGGGGGUUGAGGGUGGAGGUGGGUAUGAGCCAAAAGCUGAUCCUGUGGCUAAUGUACGCCUACUGUACCUUUCCGGAAGUGCCGUUCAUUAUGAAGGGCGACGAUGAUACGUACAUUAAGGUGCCGCAGUACCUGAGCGACAUCCGCUACCUGCAACGUGGCCGCAAGACACGCGUGCCACCGCCGCACGACGUUGAUACGGAACACGCCACCGUCGAGAACGCACAGCUCGUCAAGUCUACAGAGGAGUGUGUGUACUGGGGCAGCAUGCGGCGCUGGAACGGCGAGGUGUACUUCAGUGCCGGCAUGCUCUUGCUGCUUCACCGUCGGCUUGUCCAGACCGUCGUGGAGGUACGCACGGAGUUCAACAACGAUGUGCUGUACCUCGCCGCGGCUGACUACAGCGCCGCCUACGCCCAUUCCUACUACGCGAGCAUGAUGGACCACGAGGACGUGAUGCUGGGCAAGUUACUGAUGGAGCGACGCUUCCGGGCAGAUCGGCUGUGUCCGUUUCGGCGCCACUGGUACGUUUGGGAAGAUCUGCAGCGUUUUCACGAUCUGCACCGCGGCCGCGUGCGCAACGUGACGUGGGCGUCUGUCGCUCUGCACCGGUGCCGCCCUGCGGAUGCGCAUUACCUGCACUACUUCUUUGCCCAGGAGCACCGCUACAGUGGCAGCGGGGUAGCAGCUGAAAGAUCUGCUGAGGGAGGCCAGGAAGGCGAUGCAAUACCACGCAACGAGCGUGCGGAGCGCGCGGCACGUCAGGCUGCGCAGAGUUGGGUGGCCGACCGCUUGCGACCGGUACUGCAGGCAAGCGGCAACGUUGCGGAGCGUGCCGCACGCAAGUUUGAUGCUGCGGCUCUUACGACAGCUGAGGAGGGGGCGGGAUGGUCCAGUCUUCCCGACGUUCUCUGGGCGUUGCAGAGGGAUUGCAGUGUGCACACGCCGCCUUACCUCUCCACCCGUGACGGGGUGGCCAUCGACGAUGUCGAGUACGUGCCGUUCAGCGACGGCGUUCUCGUGCUGAAUGGGUGGAAGGCACGCAUUCUUUUAUGA